AUGUCGGAGAUAGACCUGGGACUUCCGGCCACUUUUGUCCAACAUGGAAAUUUUUUAGUCGACACAAAUUCAUCUGGUUCUGAAGACAUUUUUGAGGACUCCCGUUCCCCAUGCUCUCUGUCGGCGUCUACCUCCGACUCCGUUGUUGCCUCUCAGCAGGGGAAAAUAUUCUGUUCCUCCUGCUGUAAGGAGAUAGUGGACAGAUAUCUCCUUAAGGUGAACAAUGUGUGCUGGCAUGUCCGAUGCCUGUCAUGCUGUGUGUGCAAGACAUCUUUAGGAAGACAUGUGAGCUGCUAUAUCAAAGAGAGACAGGUUUUCUGUAAACUGGACUACUUCAGGAAGUAUGGUACCCGCUGUGCUCGAUGUGGCCGUACCAUCCAUUCCAGUGACUGGGUGCGACAGGCAAAAGGCAGCACUUUCCACCUGGCUUGUUUCUCCUGCGCUACCUGUAAGCGACUGCUGUCCACUGGGGAGGAGUGUGGACUAUUGGAGAACAGACUUUUCUGCCGACCCCACUAUGAUAUUAUGAUGGAAAAUAUCAAACGAUCCAAAGAAGAUGAACAAUCCAAAAUGAAUGAAGAGCAAGCAGAAAAGGAGGGCAACACAUCGAGACCUGCGAAGAGGGCCAGGACCAGUUUUACUGUUGAUCAGUUACAGGUAAUGCAAACUCAGUUUGCCCAAGACAACAACCCAAAUGCUCAGGCUCUCCAGAAACUGUCUGAGAGGACUGGUCUAAGCCGCAGGGUUAUUCAGGUCUGGUUUCAGAACUGUAGAGCUCGUCAAAAAAAGCACAUCAACCCAAAUUCUGUCUCGAAAACAAUAAUGCAACUUCCUACUGGUCAGCUGACGCCACCGCUGAUGGAUGAUUUGCAAUACACUGCUUACAUAAACUCAGAUGUACCUCUUCUCACCACAAUGACCUAUAUGGAUGUGCAAACUCCAGACCCACUUCUUCUUCAGCCCCUCAUAUCCCAUCCGCUGACACAGCUGCCAGAAAGUCGUCUAACUCCGGAGAGCUGA